AGCGUAUCCCAUGACACGUAUUGAUAAUUGUCAUCGCUAAACUGGGUUGAAAUUUUGGUGUACCGGAGCGCAAGGAGUGAGAAAAUAGUGACGAAAAACCUUAAAUUCGCACCACAAUAGCACACCACAGUGCAGGAAACGGCAACACGCACGUAUCUUACCGGGUGCUCGAGGCGUAUGCGAUAUCCUGUGUCCCGUAGGCCCGCUCGUUGUGCUCGAGAAAAGUUGACUCAGCUCGGUUCGGAAUCCACACACAACUGCGGCGAUGGCGUCGGCCUCUGAGGGAAUGUCGUGCUACACGAUAAUAAAUCCACCCGAAAUUGAGCUGUACAAUGAGAUGCAGAUCAAGCAGGACCUAGAGAAGGGUGAAGUGAACGUAAAGAUUGAAACGAUGAAGAAAGUCAUCCAGCUCAUGCUGCAGGGCGAACGGCUGCCCAACCUCCUGAUGACGAUCAUCCGGUUCGUGCUGCCGCUGCAAAACCACACGCUCAAGAAGCUGCUGCUGAUUUACUGGGAAAUCGUGCCGAAAACGUCGCCCGAUGGCAAGCUGCUGCAGGAGAUGAUUCUGGUGUGCGACGCGUACCGCAAGGAUCUGCAGCACCCGAACGAGUUUCUGCGCGGCGCAACUCUGCGCUUUCUGUGCAAGCUGAAGGAACCGGAGUUGCUGGAACCGCUGAUGCCGACGAUCCGCAGCAGCCUGGAGCAUCGCCAUUCGUACGUGCGGCGCAACGCAGUGCUGGCCAUCUUUACCAUCUACAAGAACUUCGACUGGCUGGUGCCGGACGGGCCCGAGCUGAUCGCAAACUUCCUCGACACACAGCAGGACAUGUCGUGCAAGCGCAACGCGUUUCUGAUGCUGCUGCACGCCGACCAGGAGCGGGCCCUGAACUAUCUGGCCUCCUGUCUGGAUCAGGUGAGCAGCUUCGGCGACAUCCUGCAGCUCGUGAUCGUCGAGCUGAUCUACAAGGUGUGCCACGCCAAUCCGGCCGAACGGUCGCGCUUCAUUCGCUGCAUCUACAACCUGCUGAACUCGUCCUCGAACGCCGUCCGGUACGAGGCGGCCGGCACGUUGGUGACGCUCUCGACCGCACCGACCGCCAUCAAGGCGGCCGUCAGCUGCUACAUCGAUCUGAUCGUGAAGGAGAGCGACAACAACGUGAAGCUGAUCGUGCUGGAUCGGCUGAUCGCGCUGAAGGAGAACGAAAACAUCGAGCGCAUCAUGCAGGAGCUGGUGAUGGACGUGCUGCGGGUGCUGAGCGCCACCGAUAUCGAGGUGCGCCGGAAGACGCUCGCGCUGGCGAUGGAUCUCGUGUCGUCGCGCAACAUCGAGGAGAUGGUGCUGGUGCUCAAGAAGGAAGUGUCCAAAACGCACAACAUCGAGCACGAGGAUACGGGCAAGUACCGGCAGCUGCUGGUGCGCACCCUGCACACCUGCUGCAUCAAGUUCCCGGACGUGGCGGCGGCCGUCAUCCCGGUGCUGGUGGAGUUUCUGUCCGACACGAACGAGCUGGCGGCCGGCGACGUGCUGGUGUUUGUGCGGGAAGCGAUUCAAAAGUUUUCCCACCUGCAGCCGCUCGUCAUCGAGAAGCUGCUGGAAGCGUUCCCGGCCAUCAAGUCCGCCAAGAUCCACCGCACUACGCUGUGGAUUUUGGGCGAGUAUGCCAACUCGCUGAAGGACAUUAUGGAGGUAAUCGGCGUCGUCAACCGUGCGCUGGGCGAGGUGCCGAUUGUUGAGGCGGAACAGAGCCGUCUGGCGGGCAACGAGGCGGGCGAGGAGGAGCAAAAAACCACCGAGACGACGGCGAACAGCACCAACAAGGUUACCUCGGAUGGCACGUACGCUACUCAGAGCGCGUUUAGCGUUGCGCCGGUUGCCAAAAAGGUGGAACGACCACCGCUCCGUCAGUACAUGAUGGAUGGGGACUUUUUCGUGGCGGCCACACUCGCCUCCACGCUGACGAAGCUGGCCUUGAAGUUCAUCCAGCUGGAGCCGAAUGAAAAGAAGCAGAACCGUUUGUGCACCUGCGCCAUGCUGAUCAUGAGCUCGAUCCUGCACCUGGGCAAGUCCGGCCUGCCGACGAAAGCUAUCACAAACGAUGACACCGACCGGAUCUAUCUGUGUCUGAAGACGCUGACCCUGCAGACGCCCGAAAUAGUGGAAAUCUUUACGCAGAGCUGCAAGAACGCGCUUGCCAACAUGCUGACCGCCCAGAGCGAGGAGAAGGCGCAGGAAAAGAAGGACAAGCAGCAGAAGAACGCUGCCAAGAUUCAGCCGGACGAUCCGAUCGCGUUCACACAGCUGGCGAACGGCAAACACGACCAGCUGGGGGAGAAUGUGUUCGAGCUGAGCUUGAACCAGGCGCUGGCCGGUACAAAGAGCACCGCACUGACCGACGUGGCGUCGCCGAACAGCAAGCUGAACAAGGUGACCCAGCUGACCGGGUUCUCGGAUCCGGUCUAUGCGGAAGCGUACGUGCACGUGAACCAGUACGACAUCGUGCUGGAUGUGCUGAUCGUCAACCAGACCAGCGAUACGCUGCAGAACUGUACGCUCGAGCUGGCCACCGUCGGCGACCUGAAGCUGGUGGAGAAACCGCACCCGGUGGUGCUCGCGCCGCACGAUUUCUGCAACAUCAAGGCGAACGUGAAGGUGUCGUCGACGGAGAAUGGCAUCAUCUUUGGCAACAUUGUGUACGAUACCACGUUCUCGUCCAACGUGGUCGUGCUGAAUACGAUCCAGAUCGACAUCAUGGACUACAUUCUGCCGGCCAGCUGCACCGACACCGAGUUCCGCACGAUGUGGGUCGAGUUUGAGUGGGAGAACAAGGUGUCGGUCAACACGACGCUUACCGAUUUGCACGACUACCUGCGGUUGCUGCUCAAGUCGACCAACAUGAAGUGCCUCACGCCGGAGAAGGCACUUUCGGGCCAGUGUGGUUUUAUGGCGGCCAAUAUGUACGCAAGGUCCAUUUUCGGUGAGGAUGCUUUGGCAAAUUUGAGCAUCGAGAAGCCCUUAGAUCGACCGGACGCACCCGUGACCGGGCACAUAAGAAUACGCGCCAAGAGCCAGGGCAUGGCGCUGAGCUUGGGCGAUAAAAUCAACCACACGCAAAAGUGUUUGCAGGAGAAAUCGGUUGCCGCUUAAUACUAUUCCACCGGGCCGGCGAGCGCCUCUUAGUUUGUGAGAGAUUCUAGUAUUCUUUCCCCACGCAUGUGCGCUAAUUCGAACGAUUACUUCGAAACCGAGCCCGACCGGGUCCGACAUAUUUCAAUUAACACAAGACACAUGCACACACACACACUGACACACAUAAGCGAACCAACUAAGGAGAGGGGAAAUGCUUGGUUAAUUAUUGCACUCCUUUGGUUUUCUUUUUCCACAUGUAACACACCCGGGGGAGCUGCAUUUGUGUUGCCACUGCGUGGGGUUAGACCAGGUAUCGAGUCUCCAUUCCUAUAUUUUAUCUUUACUUUUUUUUAAAAUAGUAACAGUUAUCUAUUCGUGCACCGAUUCGUAACGGAAGGAAAGGGGGUUUCCGGCAUGAAUAUUCUAUCGCAAAAUAAAUAAGAAAAAUCUGUUUAUCCAUUCA